UAAACCUCAUUUGUCCGGGCCUAUAUAUACACUUUCUUUCUCCCAACCCUCUUCUCGAGUUGUGUUUCUUCCUUCAGAGCUAUAAAUCAAGAGUAAUUGCAACUUUUUCUCUCCAGCGAGAUCAUGUCUCUGUACAAGUUUGUCAUGCUUAUGUUGUAUACUAUGGUACCAGGGAGGACUAAUGGCAAUUCAGCCAAUCAUCUAGAGAAUGAGAAGGUUGAGGUGGAGGUUGAAUCAAAGAAUUUGCCACCUAUGCCGCCAGGGUUUCACUUUGUGCCAUCUUCGGCUGUGUUGAUUUUAGAGUACUUGGUGAAAAAAAUUGUGGGCGCUCCUUUGGCCUCUGAUUUGGUCAAGGUUAGGGAUGGGAUUCAGUGUCUGGAUCCUGAAGAACAUAGAUUUGAAGAUGAUUUUGCCCAUUGUCAGGAUAAUCAUGCGUAUUACAUUACGACUAAAGCACAGAGAAAGACCAAAGAAGAUCAAGAAGCAGGAGGAGGAUCAAAAACAAGUACUAUCAUAAAGACCACCAGAGGUUAUUGGAGAGAAAAGAAAAAAGAUAUGGCCAUUUAUAACGAAGAUGGUCAAAUCAUCGGGUACAAAACUCGGUAUGUUUUUUGCUGCAGCAAAAAUGAUGAGACAUCUUGGAGAAUGGAUGAAUUUACAGUAAACCCGGAGACCAUUCCAGCAAAUGCUCGAGAUCAGAUAAAAGAAACUGUCGCCUGUAGGAUUCGAGUGAAACAAGCGAAAACACCUGAGCGACCCUUUUUCGAAUCAGAAGAAUCUGAGGAAGAAGAUGAAGGAAGUGAAAUUGAGGAAUAGAUCCUCUAUGUUAGAUUGAUUUGUAGGCCAAUCAAUAAGUUUGUCUUCUUGAUCAGUUAUCCUUAUUCCUGUGUAUGGAAUUAUUGUUGUUUCGGGAAAUUCAGGAAAUGAGA